AGGCUCAAUAGCAGCCUUUUUUCGAAGAACCGUUCACUAAGAAAGAGCGCUGCGCUCAGCCAAGUCCUCAGGGGCGCGGCCAGCGGACGCUGCUGCUCAUGAGGGCCUCUGGUGGCGAUGCCCGGGCGGCCCGCUGCAUCUUCCAGGCUCUUCUUGCCGCCGCGGCCCUCCGCGAAGGCUUCGCCGGCCGCCGGCCGCCGGAGCCUUCUUCCUGGGAUGCUGUCGCACGACGUCGUCGUCGACGCUUGCUGUUGGAAGAGAGGGCAGGGAGGCACGAGGAUGUGGCGACGAAUCGGGGAGAGGCAGAGGGGCGCUGGGAAGAUAGAGACGGAGCUCAGGGAGAAGCCCCCAUGCCACAGCCAAAGCUCGCGAGCACGCGCAGACCGCAGUCCGCGGCCUGGAACCUUCGGCAGCGUCCGCGCGGAGACGCAUCAGCUGACCCAAGCUGGCACCGACGGCAGCGGCUUGCGGGCUUGCACUUGGUGGUACCGCGCGCGCACGGUCAGCUUGUGUGGCGGCUCGGUGGGCGUCGACCAGGAUGCCACCUUGGCACCAUACCUGCGGGUCCAGGAGGCCGCAGAUAGAAGGUCAACAUUAUCCACCGCGCCCUUCUGGCAGAUCUCGCAGUACCAGCCCCAGAAAUUUCUAGGAUUUGACCCAACGCAUGAGGGCGGCUCGGCGGCACUUGAACCCGAGCCUGCCGUCGGCGCCCCGCGCGGGCCUCUGCGGGUCACGCGGCUGGGCGGGAAGGCCAGCCAGCGAAAGCUCCUUGAGUCGCCCGGUUUCCUGGGGCCGGUGCGGCCGUGCCAGAUCGCCCAGGCUGAGGCAGUCCGCCCAGAAGACCCCGAGCGUGACCAGUCGGUCGCUGGCGACGUUGGGCCGCCGCCCCACGGCCUGCGCCCACCCUCGUUCAGCGAGGGGCCGCAGGCCGCCGCCGCGGUCCUCGCGCUCGCCGCCCCGGCCUUUGUGGGCCCGUCCGCCCCGCGCGCGGCGGGCGAGGCCGCGGGCGCCAGCGAGGUCGCACUCCGCGGCGCCGCCGCCCCCGAGUCGCUGACCGAGGGCCAGGACACACCGGCCUUCCACAAGGUCGGCGGUGCCAUGCUGUCCAUGGUGGCGGCCCUGAUCGUGGCGCUCGUGCCGGUCGCGGAGGCCCAGGCGGCGAAGAGCGGAGGCCGCAUGGGCAGCUCGAUGCCCGCGCGCUCGGCCCCGCCGGCCAGGCCCGCGCCGCCCAGACCCGCGCCAGCGCCUUCUUCGUCCAGCACCACCGUCAACAAGACCAUUGUGAACAAGACGGUGAUCGUCCAGCAGUCGGCGCCGGUCAUGGGGGCCGCUCCCAUCAUUGCAGGCCCCUCCAUGGGCGAGAUGAUUGUGGGCAAUGUCGUCGGCAACGUCGCAGGCAACAUGAUCAGCAACGCCAUGUUGGGGGGAGCUAACCGCGGCCCGAGCAACACCGACCGCAUGCUUGAGCAGCAGCAGCGCCAGGACGAGCGCCAGCUGGACAAGCAGUCGAUGGAGCUCGAGAACCUUCGGAGGGAGGUGCAGGACAUGAAGAUCGCCAACGCGGCGAAGAGCUGA